GUGUGUGUGUGAGAGGUUUGUGUGUGUGUGUGUGAGGUCUGUGUGUGUCUGCAGCUCCCAGAGGUUUCUUACCUCUUCCUCCACUGAGCCCUACACACCACACCAAACCAGUGGACGAGCUGCAGUGUGUUUUUUCCCAGUUUCAUAAAGCAACAACAGAGGUCAAGAUGAAGUUGGUGUGCCUCGGCGUUCUCCUUUGCCUCUUCUUCAGUCGUCUUGGAGAGGCCAGAGUCAUCCCAGAAGGAGUGCCCUCCGAUGAACCUCCAGCUGUUCCCUACUGGCCCUACUCCACCUCUGACUUCUGGAAUUACGUUGAAUACUUCAGGUCUAUCGGAGCCUACAACCACAUCAACGAGAUGGCUAGGGCCUUUUACGCCCACCAGCACCUCGGAAACACUCUGGGAUACGAGUCCAAUCAGGGGCAUGAACACUGAGCUGGGAGGCGGCCGGCAUGGACACGACUUCAAUGAAACGCAGAGUGGCAUUUAUUUUUGAGCUGCUUUUGUCUGUGGCUGUUUAGGGAAAUGUUUGCAUAGAUCUGCUGUAGGAUUUUAGAAUAUAUUAAAAUAAUAUGCAAGAAAUAAACUAGUUUACUGCCUUAAUGCGUAAGAAACCCAUCCAUCUAUUUUCCACAUCCACUUUACUUGUUCUGAGAUAUCAUAGGAGCAGGAUUUUCUCAAAGAAAUCUCUUUAAUAAAUGUGAUAGCAUUUUUUCUGAUGAUUAAAUAAGUCUCUUUUUUAUGUGUUUAUUUAGUUCUCUUUGAUAGAAUGCUUGCAAUGUUUUCAAUCUGUAAAAUUUAGACUAACCUCAGUUCAGGUUGUAAAAAAUGUGGGAUCCACAGAACAGGGAAAUAGAAAAAUUUAUAUAAUAAAUAAAGCUUUUCUGCAUAA